AUGCCGAAAUUCUCAACCCCCGUCCUGACAGUGGACGCCGCCAAAAUGCACAAGGUUGACACAGCUAACACGCAGAGUCUUCACGGGAUGUGGUUAGUAUUCUCAAAAUGCGCUGAUUAUAUGGAGGAAGGCCGCCGGUUAGAAAACCUCACCUGGCGUCUCUGGACUCGCGAGACCUUCUGCGUCGAGCCGGCCAGUUCCAACGAUACCUCUGCCAUUCCACUACUCCGCGCAGAGUCCACAGAAGUCCCUCCUCUGUCCGCCAGCGUUGACUCAGUUGCCUCGGUCGAACCAGACCACAUCGAGACUCAUAUCAAGCCCCUCCCAGUCGAACUGAAACCAACCGUGGUUGGCGAGGACGCCAUGAUGUGUGGCAAAGGAAAACACAUCACCUCAUCUGAUCUUGAGCGAAUGGUUCUCAGCAUCAAGGAGAAGAAGGCCUUAGAGCCUCUCCCAGCCUCCUCUGCCCCUGUUAGCCCUGCUGUUGUCGACGUGACCCCGCGCGCUUCAUCACCACCAAGUGUCACGCCAGAGCCCACUGCUGCUUAUCCUCUCCGCCAGGCAAUCCAGUCUGCCGAAUCCUGCUCAACCACUGCCCCUGAAGGCAACGACAGCGACCGCGCGCCUUCUACUGGUUCCGACACUAGUGUUUCCUCCUCGGGUGUUCUUCCAGCCCGGCCUGCUCUCACCAAGACACCCAGCAUCGUCCGCGGCUUCUCUCCAUCCCAGAUUUCGUCUUCAUACCGUUCAAGUACCCGCCUUGCUGCCGAACAAAAUUCAGUCCCUAACACACAGCCCCAGCAGAAGCUUUCUCCAGGGAAGCGCAAGGGCGGCAUGUUCACCUUGGGAGGAUCGUCUGGUGAUGACGAAAGCUCCUUUGAAGAGCGCAUGACCCCUCAUCCUCAGCGUAGCUCCCUGUCUGAGGAGCUUAGUCGACCAGGUGUUCGCGCAGCUACGGCCAACGCUACUGCUGCUGCGAAUGCUACUGCGAAUGCUACGAAAAAGACGGCGUCAUUCAAAGAAAUUGUCGAGUCACGCUCGAUAAAGCCCAUCAAGGAAGGUGCCUACGAGGAUGAGGAUGCGAUUGCUACGGAUGAUGAUGAGGAUGAGCCAUCGGAAAGUGCCAUUGAAGAUGAAGAUGACGAAGACUGGGAGGACUCGGUCAGCGAGAGCGGCCAGUCGAGCGUCGACGACAGGGAACUGUUCCAGCGUGUCGAUUCGCGCCCCAACCUCGUGUCUCGACCGUCGCUUCUCACUAUGAUGAUGCACCAGCCAGCCAAGAUGGGAAUGCCAACGCGAUCCACGCCUGCUUUGCAACGGUCGCGCAUCACGCCUCCUAACGGCCCCUCGACAGGCGGUUCCCCAGAUGACGGAGAUAACCUCACAAUGCGCGGACCAGAUGUGCCUCGAUCAAAACCAAUUAUUGUCAAGCCUCCAACACAGACGUCUGGCGCGCACUCUCCCCGCACAACGCGACGCAACAUGCUGGCGACCGAGCUGACCGAGUCACUCCGACGACACCUGCUAUGGGAGCGACAGCAGAAGAGCACUACGGCGAACGCGGUCUUCAAGCGUCGCCACACAGCACACGACAUGGCUAAUCUGAAAGAAUACCCUGGACCCAAAGGAGCACCUAGCGGUGCCAAUGCCGCAGGCGCCGAUGGCAAAGAAAAAGAUACAUCAAAAAACAGUUCAUGGAAUAACUACAACGACUUCGGACCAUGGGAAUACCACGUCAAGGGAUGGUGA